AUGGCCGAUCCUGUCGCUCCGUGGAGAACCGCGGCGCAGGGCCAUUUGACCGCCGAUGCCAAUGGAGAUCCCAAAACAGACUACUCAAGGUGGAGAUUGUUGGACGAUGAUGGUCGUCAUACCUGGCAUUACCUCGAAUCCGAUGAAGAGAAUGCAAAAUGGCCUCAGUCGGUAGCUGAUAAGUACUUUUUGGGACUCCCUACGGGACUCCCCAAGCUGCCACCUGCAAAGACGCCACUACAAUGUGCAGAGAAUGGCCUGGAAUUCUUCUCUAAAUUACAACUACCCCCAGGCAAUUGGGCCUGUGAGUAUGGUGGGCCGAUGUUCCUGUUGCCAGGACUCCUUAUCACCUACUAUGUAACUAACACUCCAAUCCCUCCGGAGUAUGCUACUGAGAUCAAGAGGUAUCUUUUCGCUCGUCAGCACCCCGAAGAUGGAGGCUGGGGUCUCCACAUCGAGGCCCACAGCUCCGUGUUUGGUACCUGUAUGAAUUAUGUCGCGCUGCGCUUAAUUGGUGUCAGUGAGGACGACCAUCGAAUGAUCAAGGCCCGUGGGCUACUACAUAGAUUUGGCGGUGCCAUUUAUGGACCUCACUGGGCAAAAUUUUGGCUUAGUAUUCUUGGAGUCAUGGAUUGGGACUGCGUCAACCCCGUUCCUCCCGAAAUCUGGCUUCUUCCCGACUGGGUCCCAUUUGCCCCAUGGCGGUGGUGGAUUCAUAUUCGCCAGGUCUUUUUGCCCAUGUCUUACUUGUGGUCUAAGAAAUUCACUCAUCCACUGGAUCCGCUUACCAAACAGCUUCGAAGCGAGCUGUAUACUGAGCCGUACGACUCAAUUAACUUCGCAAAGCACCUCAAUGCCUGGAAUCCCUACCUGCGGUUCCCCGCACUCGUGCGCCGUGCUGAAGAAUGGACCUGGGAGUUGAUUCGCAUGGAAGACGAAAAUACCGACUACGCAGGCCUUGGUCCUGUGAGCAACCCAAUGAACAUGGUUGCUUGUUACCUCCAUGACGGCCCUGAUAGCUAUUCGGUCCGUCGUCAUCGAGAGCGUCUAAAUGAUUAUAUGUGGGUGAAGAAUGAAGGGAUGUUGAUGAAUGGCACCAAUGGUGUUCAGGCGUGGGAUACAUCCUUCAUCACACAAGCUAUCGUCGUUGCAGGCUUUGCGGAUGAUCCUAAAUGGCGACCCAUGCUCACAAAAGCCCUGGAAUUCCUUGAUAAUCACCAGCUGCGGGAGAAUGUACCGGACCAGGAGAAGUGCUACCGCCAGCACCGGAAGGGCGCAUGGCCCUUCAGCAACAAAACUCAGGGCUACACAGUUAGCGACUGCACAGCCGAGGGCUUGCGGUCGAGUAUUCAGCUCCAGGAAAUACACAACUAUCCUAAAUUGAUCUCUACACAGCGCUUAAAGGAUAGUGUUGACUGCUUGCUACUCAUGCAAAAUCCUUCUGGUGGUUUUACAGAGUAUGAGACCACCCGUGCAUCGCCCAAGGUAGAGUGGCUGAAUGCCGCUGAAGUUUUCGGUGGGAUUAUGAUUGGUUACGACUAUCCCGAAUGUACCACUGCCUCCGUCACUGCGCUGUCUCUGUUCAGCAAGUUUUAUCCCGAUUACCGCUCCGACGAGAUUACGGCGGCGAAAGAAAAAGCAGUCAAAUACAUCAAACGCGUGCAGAGAUCAGAUGGAAGCUGGUAUGGAUCUUGGGGCAUCUGCUUCACCUACGCGGCUAUGUUUGCUUUGGAAAGUCUCGCGAGUAUUGGAGAGACCUAUGAAAAUAGCGAUUAUUCUCGUCGAGGUUGCGAGUUCCUCAUUUCCAAGCAAAAGGAAGAUGGAGGCUGGGGUGAAUCCUACCUCAGCAGUGAGCGACAUGAGUACACCCAACAUGAGAAAUCCCAAGUAUGUCAGACUGCUUGGGCAUGCCUUGCCCUGAUGGAGGCAGGCUACCCGGACAAGGAGCCGCUUCGCAAGGCCAUGAAACUUAUGAUGUCCCGUCAGCAACCCAAUGGGGAGUGGCUGCAGGAAGCUAUCGAGGGUGUUUUCAACCAAUCUUGUCCCCGCGCCCCAGUGCUAGGCUUACCGUACAUACAUCAAGCUGCGGAGCUCAUAGCUCCCACAAAGCUAACUAAUAUGAAUUCCGCAACACAGGGUGACAAGGCCCUCGCGACCUCCGAUUUCCCUGGUGCUAUCCGUUACUUCACACAAGCCCUGAUCGAACUACCUCGCGCACCGCCAUACUACCUCAAACGAUCAACCGCCUACUCUCGAGUCAAACCGGCAGAUGGAGGUCCCCACUCCCAAGCAGCGCUGCGCGAUGCGGAGAUUGCUCUAACCCUGGCGCGGGAACGUGGAAAGAGGGAGUUAAUCUUAGCUGCUCAGAUGAGACGUGGUGUUGCAUUAUACCAGCUUGGAAAAUAUGGUGAUGCGAGCUUUGUAUUCGAGAUCAUCCAGGGGAAAACCGGCGCGGGCGCGGAGAAUACGGACAAAUCAGACAGGAUGAAGGAUGCUAUGGGUAUGGCUGGUGGCGCUCGAUCCACAUCGAAGAAUGGGUAUGAGCAGGAGCUGCCUAUCUGGAUACUCAAGGUCAAAAGCAAGCUUAAUAAUUUGCCUGAAGGGGAUGACAAGGCUGCUGUUACCAUUGCGGAAUAUCCGAGUGGUGUACAAGUUCCGACCGAGAAGGAGCUUAAGAACCAGUUGGAUACUCUCAAAUCCGGAAAAGUCGGGGCUAGCAGCGCCCAAAGUGAGCCUACCGCAGCCGGCAAAACGGCCACAGGGGAAGCUUCGACGUCCAAAACGUCGGAUAGCCAAAGUGGUGCUACUGGAAGCACCCCUUCCGCAGCUCCUUCUACUGUUCCUCCGUCUGAAAAGGUUCGGCAUGAGUGGUACCAAUCUAAUGAGACCGUUGUUGUGACUCUCUACGUCAAAGGGGUACCCGGAGAUCAAGUUGACGUUGAAUUAAAGGAUGAAUCGGUGUCUCUCCAAUUCCCUCUCCCAGCUGGUGCUGAGUUUGAUUUCACGCUUGAUCCUUUGUUUGCAUCAGUCGACCCAUCCUCCUCCAAGGUCUCUGUCAUGUCUACCAAGAUUGAGCUUGUCUUAAAGAAACGCGCCCCUGGCCAGAAAUGGGGUGCUCUCGAGGCCUCCGCAGACAACAUCAAGCUUUCUGGUCGUCAAGCUGCCCUGGACCCAACUCCUGCCGGUAGUUCCGCUCCAACAUACCCAUCUUCAUCCCGCAAUGGACCCAAAGAUUGGGAUAAGUUGGCGUCGUCGCUCACAGCAAAGAAGCCCAAGCCCAAAGGCAAAGGCAAAGCCAAGGACGGAGAACCAACGGACUCAAGAGCAGACGAUGCUGGAGACGAAUCAGAAGGUGCCGACUCAGUUGACUCCGACUUUGACGGAGGUGACGCCGUCGAUGCGUUCUUUAAGAAACUCUACGCCAACGCAGACGAGAAUACCCGUCGGGCCAUGAAUAAAAGUUACCUUGAAAGUCAGGGCACCUCUCUAAGCACUAAUUGGUCGGAAGUGAGCAAAGGAAAGGUGGAGCCUCGUCCACCAAGCGACUGA